UCUCCCGGCGUGCCCCGCGCCGCCGCCGCCGUGGGUGCGGGCCGCUCGCCGCCGCGCUGCUCUGCGUUCCCCGGUCCGACCGCCCUGCCCGCCGCCGCCAUGGGCUCUCUGCUCAGCCGGCGCAUCGCGGGCGUGGAGGACAUCGACAUCCAGGCCAACUCGGCCUAUCGCUACCCGCCCAAGUCCGGAAACUACUUUGCAAGUCACUUCUUUAUGGGAGGCGAGAAGUUUGACACCCCUCACCCUGAGGGCUACCUUUUUGGCGAGAACAUGGAUCUAAACUUCCUCGGGAAUAGACCUGUUCAGUUUCCCUAUGUAACUCCAGCUCCACAUGAGCCAGUGAAGACACUGAGAAGUUUGGUGAAUAUCCGCAAAGACUCUCUCCGACUUGUGAGGUAUAAAGAUGAUGUUGACAGUCCUACUGAGGAGAAUGGGAAGCAGAAAGUCCUGUACAGCCUGGAGUUCACAUUUGAUGCGGAUGCCCGUGUUGCCAUCACAAUCUACUGCCAGGCUACAGAAGAGUUUGUUGGUGGCAUGGCAGUAUACAGCACAAAGAAUCCCUCUCUGCAGUCGGAGACGGUUCAUUACAAGAGAGGGGUAAGCCAGCAAUUCUCCCUGCCUUCCUUCAAGAUUGAUUUCUCAGACUGGAAGGAUGAUGAGCUGAACUUUGACUUGGAUCGUGGCGUGUUCCCUGUGGUCAUCCGAGCGGUAGUGGAUGAAGGGGAUGUGGUGGUUGAGGUGACGGGUCAUGCCCAUGUUCUUCUGGCUGCAUUUGAAAAGCACGUUGAUGGCAGUUUUUCCGUGAAGCCGUUAAAACAGAAGCAGAUCGUUGACCGGGUGAGCUAUCUGCUUCAGGAGAUCUACGGCAUUGAGAACAAAAACAACCAAGAGACCAAGCCUUCAGAUGAUGAGAACAGCGACAACAGCAACGAGUGUGUGGUUUGCCUGUCUGACCUCCGCGACACCCUCAUUCUGCCCUGCAGACACCUCUGUCUCUGCAAUUCCUGUGCUGACACCCUGCGCUACCAGGCCAACAACUGCCCCAUCUGCAGGCUGCCCUUCCGUGCCCUGCUGCAGAUCCGGGCUGUGAGGAAGAAGCCGGGGGCUCUGUCGCCGGUGUCAUUCAGCCCUGUCUUGGCACAGAGUGUUGACCAUGAUGAGCACUCUUGUCCCUUUAAACCCCUUAAAGUGAGCACUGUCUCACUGCCCAGCAGGAAACCUAGAAGGGAAACAAGCUCUGACAACAUCCCUCCGGGCUAUGAGCCCAUUUCCUUGCUGGAAGCGCUGAAUGGCCUUCGCUCUGUUUCCCCGUCCAUCCCAUCAGCUCCGCUGUAUGACGAAAUCAACUACUCUGGUGUGGUGGAUGGGAUGCCACCUGCGAGCCGACCGCUUGUUGGGAUGGACAGAGCUGUGGAGAGCAGCCACCAAAAGGGGAAGCGGAGCAAGUCUCCAGAUAGCACACUACGGUCUCCCUCGUCCCCAAUCCACGAGGAGGAUGAAGAGAAGCUUUCCGAGGACUCUGACUCGCAGCCAGCACUGAGCGGGGGUGAACUGGUCCUGAGAGAGAACAGCUCUCCAGAAAGUGUGGCAGGGGAAGAGAUUGAGGAGGCCUCAUCCCUGCAGCAGGGUAGCCGCCCGCCCUCUGUUGAAGAUGUCCUGCAGGACAGCAGCUGCGGCGAGCACAGGAGCCUGACGCAGUCGGAGAGUGACCCUCCGGUAGACGUCUACCUGCCAGCACUGGGUCCUGAUUCCUGCUCUAUUGGUAUAGAGGAGUAAGCUGGCUCAUCCGACUUCACCAAGACGCUCCCCGGCCGCGGCACCAGCAGCCCCACGCAGCCCCUUCUCUUCGAGCAGACACGUCUUCACCUGGAGGACGAGCAGAGCCUCUCGUGAGCGGGGGCCGGACCUCCCUGCCCACGCCACCAGACCCCAGAACCCACGCACAGCCUCUUCCCCCACCUCCCCAGCAGGACUGGCCCAUGCUCACCACUCCGGGGAUGCAAUGCGGCGUGUCGCACUGGCGCGAUUUCAGCACAUACUGGCUUUUUUUAAAGACGUGCAUGUUUCCUGGCGGCGGUGGGUAGGGGCUGGCGUCGUGUUUUCACGUGGGGGGUGAGAGCCGAGGGUGGGGGGGUUCGGGGUUAAAAUCGGCAGAUGAAGGACACUACCGUUGUAUAUUUUGUACACACCGAGCACAGCCCUUUGCUGUCACUGCCCCUGUACAUAGCUGCGGCCCCCCACCCCCCCGCCUGUCCCGGCAGCUCCUCUGGGUGUUGGGGUGAGCCUUGCCGGGGCGCAGGGCUCCACGGAGGGGGGGCGGGGAAGGCCGUGGGGGUCAGCCCCGUCCCACCCCGUUCGGGGUGGGACGGGGCUGACCCCCACGGCCUCCCCCCCGCCUCCCCGCAGAGCCCGGCGCUGCCCACGCCGUGUGCCUUGUUCUGCUUCUGCGGCGG